GGCUCAGGUCAGGAGUGUGAGGGCAGGGUGAAUGGAGCUCCCAUGAGCUUCAGCACGGAGCCACCUGCACCGGCCCAGGCCCAGGCCCAGGCCGGGGGAGAGUUGGACAUGGCUGGGUUCUGCGACGGCCUGGGCUCCUGCUCGGUCCCGCACGGCCUGACCCGGGCCAUCGCGCAUCCCCCGAGCUACAGCCGAGAGGAUCUGAGCUCUGGCCGGCGCCUGUGGGUGAACUCGGUCGCGCUCAGCCCGGCGCCCUACGCGACAGGACCAGGACCUGCUCCAUCCUACGCUGCAGCGACUCUCGCCGUCCCGGGUUCGCUUCUCGGCGUGUCAGGCGGUCUGGCAGGCGCCGAUCUCGCGUGGCUGAGCCUGUCCGGACAGCAGGAGCUGCUGAGGCUGGUCCGGCCGCCCUACUCCUACUCAGCGUUGAUCGCCAUGGCCAUCCAAAGCGCGCCGCUACGCAGGUUGACGCUCAGCCAGAUCUACCAGUAUGUGGCAGGCAACUUCCCCUUCUAUAAGCGCAGCAAGGCGGGCUGGCAGAACUCCAUCCGCCACAACCUGUCGCUCAAUGAUUGCUUCAAGAAAGUGCCCCGAGAUGAGAACGACCCAGGAAAAGGCAAUUAUUGGACGCUGGACCCAAACUGUGAGAAGAUGUUUGACAAUGGGAACUUCCGAAGGAAGAGGAGACGGAGAGGAGAGACUAGCGAGGCCUCUGUGCCCGGAGCCAGCAGUACAGAGGGAGCUGCACUGGAGCCCCGUGGCUCCGCUCCCCAGGACCUGCAGACCUCACCAUCCCCUCCAGCACCCGAGGCCACCACCACUUGCCUUUCAGGCUUCUCCACAGCCAUGGGAGCCCUGGCCAGCAGCUUUGGCACCCUCCCUGAUGGUCUGGCCCAUGACUUUUCUUUGCGGAGACCACCACCAACUGUGGCUGCCCACAGUCCUCAGAUUCCUAACACCGUGCCUGGCUUCGCUCCGGGCCAUCAGACUGGGGCUACUGGCUUUAGGGUGGGGCACCUCAUCUACAGCCGGGGUGGGACUGAAGUUUGAAGGAAGGCUGGAGACUGGUCAGGUCCUCUGUUCCAACAUUGAGCUAAGGUCCUGAAUCAGUCCCUCCUGGGAGCCCCACAGGUGCUGCAUAGGCGGAGCUCCUGUGUGAACUGGCGGAGGCAGGUAGAGCUUGCUGUGUACCCAUCAACCAGAGGAAAUAUACCCUCUUCUUAAGCUGUUUCUCUGCCUAUAGAUCCAGCUCUGGGCUCUCUGACAGAGCGCCCCAGAGAGCCUUCU